AAUAUUUAUCAUGACCCGAUAGCCUCUUGUCUCAUUAAUUCUCGCUCUCAACGAAUAGAUUUAAAUAUUAAUUAUUACAGUGCGCACUCGAUUGUAGCUAGGGAACUCUUUAGUCUGUGAACUCUUAUCGAAUUACUCGAUCGUUACGUGAAACUUUUCUGAUUCCACGAUAUAUUACAGAAAUUACGAACCGAUAAAAGUGUACAACACGCACGUUACAGAAAGUACAGAUUGAACGUGAGUGAAUUUAGAUUUUGGAAAAUGCUGUGCAGAAAUCGCAUAGAUAAAUUAGUAAACAACGAGUACGAAUCCUUCAGCCAAACUGCGACUUUCCAGUCGAUAGAUAAUUUCCUUCGAACGGUGCGAGAAAUGGAGAAAACUAUAUUGAUUCCCAGCCGGUUGAUCGAUCUAACGUUGGGCGAUUCCACAGAAAAGAUCAAUUUGGAUACCAAAAACGGGUCUAUAAUUAAGAAAACGGUCGCUAACAUGGAUUUGUACAAACUUUAUAAUAUCAUCAGUCGCACGAAAGUCGAGUUACUGUGGUCACAGGACUGUAACAAUUAUAAGGAAAUAGACAACAAUAUGAUUAAAUUCGUUUACGGUAGUCGUUGUAACAGUUACAUAGACUUGGAGAAUCAUGCGGUUAAGAGUAGCAGCAAUUUAAUGGAGCUGGAAAAUAACGUCACGUUCAAAAACGAUAAUAAUAAUUCUCCAGAACUGGAUAAUAGAACCAAUUCUAUUUUCAAAGAUUUCGAUAACAGUUUUCAGGAAACUGAGAAUGAUUCCGCAAUUAAAAUCAAUGUUUACGAAGAAAUGGAUACUAAUUUCGUAUUAAGAGCUGACAGGAACAUUUCCAUGAACAGUAUAUCAAAUCUCUCUGAUUCGGAAUCGGAUUUCCUAAUCUCAGAAAUUGAUUCGGGAAUCGAAAACGAGAAUGGAGUGAGUUUGGCCGCGAGGAAUUUCAAAAAACAUUUGAGAGCACUGCAUAACAACAUCAAGAAAUUAACUUUAGUCGCCGAAUACUUGACUUUGCGGUAUCAAAACCAUAUCGGUUGUAAUUGUUGAGCGAGAAUCUGAAUUGCCGUCUAAACGCUUUUAUAUCUUAUAUCUUAUCGUGACAUUUAGAUUUUAGAUGGUAAUGUAAAGUAGAAUCGUUAAGGGGUUUAUCAAGAAAUAAGUUUACACCGUAUAAUAUUUAUUGUAACAGCAAAUGUAAAUACUGUAUGUAAUUAAAAUUAAUUAAAAAUUGUUCUUAAGUACGAAUCUUCGGUAUCGAACAGUGUGUUCAAUUUAAACAUAGAAUUCUGUUUUCGAAGACAGGUCCAAGUGAAUCGUCUCAUUUUUAUACAUUUCUAUCGUCUGCAAUAAAGAUAAAUACAUAUAUAGAUAAGAGAAUUCAAUGGGUGUAGAUCACAGGUCUCUAUAAAACACUGGAUAGUAAUGUUAUCAACAGAUUAAAUAAUCCUAACGCUACAAUGGUAGAAAAUGAAAUAAAAAAGAUUGUUUAUUUAAUUUUUUGUGGAGUAUAGUGAUACUUUUGUCAUUUAGAUUUUCCUAAAUAAGCCAAUAUUUCUUCUACUACAUCUAUUAUUAAAAUCGCUUUUAAAAAUGUUCCGAACGUCAAUGAUAUUAGUAUUUUUAUUUCACGUGCAUGAUUCUUGACUGAAUGAUUAAUUCUGAGGAUAGGAAGUUAACGUCAGGAAUCAUUCCCCUUAUUGUUAGAUUACUCGAAUAAUCCAGCGCGAUGAUGGAUAAAUUAGAAAGGCGCAAAUUGCUACUGAUCGCUGCCUUUAGCAUUAUCGAGUUCUAAGAAGUUAUACAUGUUAAUAAAAACAUAAAUUUAUCGAAA